ACGGUAUAAAUCCUACUCUGAGCACGCGAGGUCCUUCUCUCACGUGAAGGUGUCCUGUUCUGACGUCCCGGCUGCACCGUAGCUUCGACUUCUACUCUUCAGUCAUGGCAGACCAGGCUUUCGUCACGUUGGCGACCAAUGACAACUACGCCAAGGGAGCCAUGGUCCUGGCCCGGUCUCUGCGCAACCACCACACCACCCGCAAGCUGGUGGUGCUGACCGGCCCACAGGUCUCCGACCCCUGCCAGUCUGUGCUGAAGAAGCUGUUUGACGAGGUGCGGGUGGUGGACGUUCUGGACAGCAAGGACACGGCCCACCUGGCCAUGAUGAAGAGGCCUGACCUUGGGGUCACCUUCACCAAACUGCACUGCUGGACCCUCACACACUACUCCAAAUGUGUCUUCAUGGACGCCGACACGCUGGUGGUCUCCAACAUCGACGACCUGUUUGAGCGGGAGGAGCUGUCCGCAGCCCCGGACCCCGGCUGGCCGGACUGCUUCAACACGGGCGUGUUCGUCUUCCAGCCCUCCAUGGCGACCUAUGAGAAGCUGAUGCAUUACAGCGCCGAGCACGGCAGCUUUGACGGGGGAGACCAGGGGGUUCUGAACGGGUUCUUCAGCAGCUGGGCCACGACAGACAUCUCCAAGCACCUCCCCUUCAUCUACAACCUCAGCAGCAUCGCCCUCUACACAUACCUUCCUGCAUUCAAACAGUACGGAGGCAAUGCCAAGGUGGUCCAUUUCCUGGGGCAGAUGAAGCCGUGGAGCCUCACGUUUGACCCCAAAGCCCAGAAGGUCAGGGGGGGCUCCCAGGACGCGGUGGCCUCCCACUCCUCCUUCCUCCUGGACUGGUGGACCCUGUACUCCAGGGAGGUCCUGCCCCUGCUCCAGGAGCACUACGGAGACCAACCUUUCCACUCCGGAUGUGUGGAGUACAGUGACACCUGUGAGGAGGGACAGGAGGAGGAGUGCCAGGAGGCCUCUGCUGCUGCGUCCGAGGCCUCCCGCCUGUCGUCGGAGGAGCGUCGGGAGCGCUGGGAGCGCGGCCAGGCCGACUACAUGGGGGAGGACUCGUUUGAGAACAUCCAGAAGAAACUGGACGCUUUUCUCAAAUAAAGGAACGGCCACGCAAGAUCCCUCGCUAUGUCACUACGCUCCGAUUCCGUA